AUGGAAAAUGCCGCCGCCACGAUUACAGCAUCUUCCACCCAUUUGCACUGCUCCACGGAGAAGGCACUGUUAAAUUCGGAAGGAGAGUCUUCAGGCACCCCAUUCGCAGCAGCAUGGUGCGCCCAUAGUGUGAACCCAUCUGGCCAGUGGCUUCAGGUUGAUCUGAAUUCACUGAAAAGUGUAGCAGGUGUAAUCACACAGGGAAGAGGAGAGCACCCUCAGUGGGUGACCAGCUAUAAACUGGCCUUCAGCAAUGACGGCGUCACGUGGGAAACAUACACUGAAGACGGACGAGAAAAGGUGUUUGCAGGUAACACCGACUCGAACACCGAAGUUGAACACCUCCUUGACCCGCCGGUCACGGCAAGGUUUGUUCGGUUUUACCCGCGGACGGUCUAUGGACAUCCCAGUAUGAGAAUGGAAGUGCUUCUGUGUGCUCCAGAUUGUACAUCAGACUACGUGAAUUUUAACGGACAUUGCUACAAGAGCUUUCUGGAAUCCGAACAAAAAACACGCGAGGAGGCCAGACUGGUCUGUGCGGCUGACGGUGGAGUUUUAGCCAUGCCCAAGAACAGUGCAAUCAAUAAUUUUCUCGCCAGUCUACAACCGGUGACGGGAGGUCGCUGGCUGGGGUUGACUGACCCGGAUGGAGACGGACAGUGGGUGUUUGACGAUGGCCAAAUCCUGACGUCAUCCGACUACUCCAACUGGCAACCCAAUGACGAGUCCAACGCAACAACCACAACGGAGACCGCCACUACUACAACGCCUGCUGUUACAACCACCACACCAGCUGUUACAACCACCACACCAGCUGUUACAACCACAACGCCUGCUGUUACAACCACCGCGACUGUAGUUACAACCACCACGUCUGCUGUUACAACCACCACGCCUGCUGUCACAACCACCACGUCUGCUGUAACAACCACCCCGCCAGUUACAACUACCGCACCUGUUGUUACAACCACCAUGUCUGUGAGCACAACCACCAUUACAACAAGUGGUGCUGCUAACAUAGAGACCACCGCCAUGUCAGGUGAAGCGUCGCUAACCACCAGCCGGCCGGGGGAGGGAGGAUCCGCCGCCGCUAACAAGGGCGAGGCACGGGGAGGGGCGGUAGCAGGCGGCGUGGUCGGAGCGAUCAUGGCUGUAGCGGGAGCAGGACUAGCCGUAGAGUCGUGUAGCGUGCAGCCGUCGGGCAUGGAAAAUGCCGCCGCCACGAUUACAGCAUCUUCCACCCAUCCAGGCUGCUCAACGGAGAAGGCGCUGUUAAAUUCAGAAGAAGAGCCUUCAGGCUACCCAUACGCAGCAGCAUGGUGCGCCAAUAGUGUGAACCCAUAUGGGCAGUGGCUUCAGGUUGAUCUGAAUUCACUGACUAGUGUAGCAGGUGUGAUCACACAAGGAAGAGGAGGGUACCGGUACUCUCAGUGGGUGACCAGCUAUAAACUAGCAUUAAGCUCCGAUGGCGUCGUGUGGGAAACAUACUCAGAGCAAGGACAAGAAAAGGUGUUUGCAGGUAACACCGACUCGAACACCGAAGUUGAACACUUCCUUGACCCGCCGGUCACGGCAAGGUUUGUCCGGUUUUACCCGCAGACGGUCUAUGGACAUCCCAGCAUGAGAAUGGAGGUGCUUCUGUGUGCUCCAGUUACAACUACUACAACUGAGACCGCCACUACUACAACGCCUGCUGUUACAACCACGCCUGUUGUUACAACCACCACACCAGCUGUUACAACCACAACGCCUGCUGUUACAACCACCACGCUUGCCUUAGCAACCACGACUGCUGUUGCAACCACCUCGCCCGCUGUUACAACUACCCCGCCAGGUGCAACUACCACGCCUGUUAUUACAACCACCAUGUCUGUGAGCACAACCACCAUUACAACUAGUGGUGAUGCUAACAUAGUGACCACUGCCAUGUCAGGUGAAGCGUCGCUAACCACCAGCCGGCCGGGGGAGGGAGGAUCCGCCGCCGCUAACAAGGGCGAGGCACGGGGAGGGGCGGUAGCAGGCGGCGUGGUCGGAGCGAUCAUGGCUGUAUCGGGAGCAGGACUAGCCGUAGGCGGGUUCCUGAUGUACAAGAAGAAAAAGAACAAUGCCGCCGUGGAGCCUGCACCAUAA